GACCAAUCAAACGUCCCACUAAAGUCCUUCCGCUUCGGUUGCAGGGAAGGAAGGCCCCUGUCUUCGUUUUUCUCUUUUGCCCGGCGCUUCUGCCACUACGGGCUUUCUUCGUCACGACUUCCCGUCGUCCACCGUCGCACGAUUUUUCUGGUUGACUUCAUCCACAUCUGGACAUCUUUCCGGGAUCUGGAUUAGGUUAGUUUGAGCUUUAUGCUUCCGUGUCGUCAUUUUCGCCGACCUCUCUGAUGCCAGAAUCAGGCGAUUGCUCUGCUGUCGAUCUCGGCGUGCAAACGGGAUCGGACAUAUUAAUCUGCGCAGUGUUUUUAGGUUUGCGCAAGAUUUAGGAGGUCGUGAGGUGCAGUGACCUCCUUUCGGUGAAGGUGAUGGAUUCUCAAAGCGUUGGCCGUCCAGGAGACACCUCUAUAGUUGUUAUUGUUCUGGAGACGGACGAGGUCUACAUUAUCGCCAGCUUGUCGACCAGGAACGACACUCAGGUUAUUUAUGUGGAUCCAACAACCGGUAAUUUAUGCCACACUGCCAAGAAGGGCCAUGAUCUCUUUGUUUCUGAAAGCGAAGCUUUGAAUCAUAUCACCGAUGGAUCGAGAUGGCUUUGCAAGAGCACGACACAUGCUAGAGCAAUUAUGGGUUAUGCGGCACUUGGAAACACUGGGAUGCUUCUUCUUGCAACGAAGGUCACUGCCACCAUUCCGAAUAUGCCUGGCGGUGGAUGUGUAUACACUGUCUCAGAUAGCGAGUGGAUUAAGUUCCAGCUCCAGAAUGCAUACCUACAAGGUAAAGGGGAACUGAAGAACAUACAGGAGUUGGCAGAGCUUGACAUAGACGGGAAAUACUAUUUCUCCGAAACACGGGAUAUCACUAGACCUUUCCCAAGCAAAUAUUCAGUACAGAGUCCAGACCUGGAAUUUGUCUGGAACACUUGGUUGUCGUUGCCGUUCAAGAACAUUGGGCUUCCUCAGCAUUGUGUAGUCCUUCUGCAGGGAUUUGCAGAAAGUAGAUCGUUUGGAGUUUCUAAUCAGCGAGAGCUUACUGUUGCUCUUACUGCACGAAGAAGUAAACUUCAUCCUGGCACUCGUUACUUAGCACGCGGCUUAAAUGCAUGUUUUAGUACAGGUAAUGAAGUAGAGUGCGAGCAACUUGUUUGGGUCUCAAGGAAUGCUGGGCAAAACGUCCCAUUUAGCAGAUAUAUUUGGCGAAGAGGGACUAUCCCCAUAUGGUGGGGUGCAGAGCUGAAGAUGACUGCUGCUGAAGCAGAAAUAUAUGUUGAUUCCAGGAAUCCAUAUAGAGGGAGUUUGCAGUAUUAUCAGCGGCUAAGUCAGCGAUAUGGUUCCAAAAACUUGGAUACAGCAGUGAAUAUCAGCCAAAAGAAAACUAUUGUCCCCAUUGUCUGUGUUAAUUUACUUAGAAGUGGUGAAGGAAAGCCCGAAUCGAUUUUGGUACAGCAUUUUGAGGAGUCCCUUAAUCAUAUAAGAUCUACUGGAAAACUACCGUACACACGGAUCCAUCUAAUAAAUUAUGAUUGGCAUGCCAGUGUUAAAUAUAAGGGAGAGCAGCAAACAAUUGAAGGUCUCUGGAAACUUCUUAAAGGACCCACUGCAGCUGUCGGGCUUUAUGAGGGGAUGUAUGUCUCUUCACUACGUCAAGGUGAGGGUUAUCAAGGUGCAGUAAUUCGCUGUGAGGACUCUCCAGGUGCAUUCUCUUUAAGCUCUUUUCAAAAUGGGGUAAUUCGUUACAAUUGUGCUGAUUCUUUGGACCGAACCAAUGCGGCCAGUUAUUUUGGAGCACUUCAGGUUCUUGUUGAGCAAUGCAGAAGGUUAGGGCACUCCCUUGAUUUUAGUGGUAGUUUAGACUUUCAAUUAGGUAAUAGGUUUUCCAGCCAGGGGAAUUCGGGUGCAUAUGCUGGUCCUUUACCACCUGGUUGGGAGAAACGUUCUGAUGCAGUAACUGGAAAAACAUACUAUAUAGAUCACAAUACACGAAGAACUACAUGGGAGCAUCCGUGUCCAGACAAACCAUGGAAGUGGUUUGAUAUGACGUUUGAAGAAUUUAAAAGAUCUACACUACUCUCUCCGAUCACUUUGCUUGCUGAUCUUUUCCUACUUGCUGGUGAUAUUCAUGCAACUUUAUAUACUGGAUCUAAGGCUAUGCAUAGUCACAUCCUACACAUAUUCACUGAAGAUUCUGGAAAAUUCAAACAAUUUUCUGUCGCACAGAAUGUGAAGAUAACUCUCCAAAGAAGAUAUCAGAAUGUGAUUGUAGACAGCUCAAGGCAGAAACAUUUUGAGAUGUUUCUUGGAAUGAGGCUCUUCAAGCAUCUUCCCUCAGUCCUGAGACAUCCUUUAAAGGUAUCGUCAAGGUCACCUGCAUGCAUUUUGAAGCCAAUUGUGAACAUGUUUCCUGGUGCUAAUGAUGGAGCUGAUCUUCUCAGUUUCAGGAAAAAAGAUCUAAUCUGGGUCUGCCCACCUGCUGCAGACAUUAUUGAAGUUUUUAUUUUCCUUCAAGAACCUUGCCAUGUUUGUCAGCUUCUCCUGACCAUUUCACAUGGAGCAGACUCCUCCUCUUAUCCGGCUCUAGUUGAUGUCCGAACAGGUUGCAGUUUGGAUAAGCUUAAGCUUGUGCUCGAGGGAGUAACUAUACCACAAUGUCCAAAUCGAACAAAUAUGGUGAUACCUUUGACGGGUGCAAUUGAUUCAGCUGAUAUGGCUGUCACAGGUGCAGGUGCACGGCUUCAAUCACAAGAGAAGCCUUCCACCUCAUUGUUGUAUGGUUUUGAAGAAUUGGAGGGAGAGUUGGAUUUCCUUACUCGUGUUGUUGCUCUUACAUUUUGUCCUGUGUCUCCUGGAAGAAUUCCUUUAACCCUUGGUGAGAUCGAGGUACUUGGAGUUGCUCUUCCUUGGAAAGACAUCUUUGCUAAGAAAGGCCCCUAUUUGAAGUUUCUUGAGCUUGAAGACAAAAGUCAAAAUAGCACUAACCCAUUUUUGUCUGGCUCAGACAUCAUUGUCUCUGAUACAUCAUCAUCCAAGCAAAAUUCCUCGGUUCUCUCAUCAACAAGUGUGUCAUUACCCCAUGGAUUAGAUCUUCUAACUGGGGAUUUUGUAUAUUCACAGCCAUCUCCUGAGCCAGAGGUGCAGGAGGUUACCCACGAGGUUGGUUCUGGUGGUCUUCUUGAUUUCUUUCUAGAUGGAACCAAUGAGGAAAAGCAUCCUGAACAGCAGUGCAGGUUAUCUUCUUCGCAAGUUGCAACAUCUGAAAAUGAAACUGCAAGAAAGCAUUACUUGAGUUAUGUUAGAAAGCUAUGUGGUCCAGAUAUGGCGAGGAAACCAGAUUUUUUGCAGGCAAUGAAACUCGAAAUUGAACGGUUCUUACUGAAUUUAUCUGCCGCUGAAAGGGAUAGAGCUCUUUUGUCCAUCGGUGUUGAUCCUGCAAUGCUAGACCCAAACAGACUGAUCAGUCUUUCUUAUAUUGGUCGAUUGUGCAAAGCUGCAAAUAAUCUUGCUUUGUUGGGACAUACUGUCUUCGAGGAUAAGAUUGUAGCUUCCAUUGGAUUGGAGACACAGGAGGAUUCCACUGUAGAUUUCUGGAAUAUAGCUAGAAUUGGAGAAUACUGUGUAUCCUCUGGUUGUGAAGUCCAUUUUGAUGCACAAGACCAUUUGCGCCCUUCUGAGCUUCCUUUUUCAGGUUCCACGGCAAUACUGACAUGUUCUAUUUGUCAAAAAAAUGUAUGCAAAGUUUGCACUGCUGGCAGGGGAAGCACAUUACUGGUAAACCGCAAUCAAUCGGGGCCAACACAGUCCAAUGGUUUGUCUAGCCCUGGUGGAUCUAGCCAUGGUGGAUCCAGCCAUGGUGGCCAAAGUGAUGGAAGUAUGAUUAGUCGUGCACCGAUUCUUGAUGGCAUCUUGUGUAAAUCGUGCUGUCCUGAUAUUGUUCUUGAUGCAUUGGUUGUGGACUAUGUUAGGGUUUUGGGCAGCUUAAGAAGAAGGUCACGUGCAGAUAAUGCAGCAAUGCAAGCCCUAAGUAGGGUGUUGGAUGCUUGUGUUGGGGGCCAUUCAUUCGGCAUAAAGCACGAACUUGGACAUCAACAAGGUGCUGAAGUAAGCAGAAUGCAGUUAAAGAAUUUACUGAACCAAGAGGAGUCACUUGCUGAGUUUCCAUCUGCAGGUUUUCUGUAUUCGGUAGAAACGGCAGAUGGAUCAGCCCCAGCCUUGUCAUUGCUUUUACCGUUGGAUGCUGGAGCAGCAGGUUCAUAUUGGCGAGCUCCUUCUGAUUCAACAAAUGUUGAACUUGCAAUUGUUCUUGGCACACUUUCUAUCGUUUCGGGGAUUAUCUUGCUUGUUAGUUCAUGUGGUUAUUCAACAUUUGACAUACCUAUUGUUCAGGUAUGGGCUAGCAAUAAGGUCAGUAAAGAAGAAAGAUCUUAUUUGGGGAAAUGGGACAUGGGAUCCAUGGUAUCUGCUUCAUCAGAAUUGUAUGGGCCAGAAAGUAGCAAUGUUCAAAAGGAAUUACCUAGACAUGUGAGAUUCACUUUCCGCAAUCCAGUUCAGUGCCGAAUCAUUUGGUUGCUGCUAAGUCUUCACCCGCCAAGCUCAAGUUCAGUUAUUCUAGAAAAAGGUUUUGGGGAGCUUUCUUUACAAGGCACUAUGAUGCCCAGUCGCCGGAAUUCUUUUGGAGGAAGUGCUCAACAUACACCUUGUGUUCAUGCCAGACGGAUCCUGGUGACAGGGACUCCUGUUAAAAGUGAUUCUACACGUGAAGCCUCAUUUCACAAUUCUGAUAAGAUUAAUCAAAGAGCUUGGUUGGAGAGACCACCACAGUUGGGUCGGUUCAAAGUUCCUGUUGAAGCAGAACGGUUGGCUGAUAAUGAUUGCAUACUGGAACAAUAUUUGUCACCUAGUUCACCUGGAGUGGCUGGAUUUCGUAUUGAUGCGCUGAAUGUUAUAAGACCUCGUGUAUUCCAUUCACCUACUCCUUUGGAUAUGGAUGCCUCUGACCAGCCUCUUACAUAUAUAGAAGACAGGCAUAUGUCUAGUGCAGUUUUGUUUAUUCAAGUAUCUGUUCUUCAGGACCAAAGCGGUGAAGUCAUAGUUGGAGAAUACCGGUUGCCUGAACUGCGAGCAGGCACACCCAUGUACUUUGACUUUCCGAGGCCAAUACAAGCCCAGAGAAUUACUUUCAGGCUUCUCGGUGAUGUUGCCGCAUUUGCAGACGAUCCAGCAGAGCAAGAUGACUCGGGCUUUGGAGCUUUCCCGUUGGCUUCUGGGCUCUCCCUGAAUAAUAGAAUCAAGAUGUACUAUUACGCAGACCCUUAUGAGCUUGGGAAGUGGGCAAGUCUUUCUGCUGUUUGACUUCUUUUUUGUUGGUUUCUUGAGGUUUGUGAAAUGCGGUGCCGUAUUCACAUCCUCAUUGUCCUAAUUGAUGUUUUAAUUGAAACGGUAGUCUGUGAUUGUUAAUAUUUGAUGUAUAAUUCAAAAUCUCCAAUGAUGCAAUAAAAAAUAUUUUUGUGUA